AUGGAUAUUGGAGCAUUCAUGUCUUGGGCAUCACCUGCCCUACCAUAUCUGAAAAGCAAAGCAUCAGACAUUCCUAUAACAGUAACACAGGGACCAUGGUUAGCAGCUAUUGGUAAUCUCUUUGCCAUACUUGGGCUGCUUUCAUGCCCCACAAUCAUGAACAAAAUAGGUCGAAAGUACACCAUAUUGUUUUUCGGACUAAUUCAACUGAUAUCUUGGCUCUUUAUUUAUUUUUCCCGCAACUUCCUUUUCUUAUUAAUUGGAAGAAUUAUUUCUGGAAUAGGCUAUGGAGGUAAUGGCAUCGUCCUACCUGUGUACAUAGGCGAAGUCUCUGGAAAAAUAAUUAGAGGAAGAUUUCUAAACUUUAUCAAGAUUAGCUCGAACUUCGGCAGUUUUAUGAUGGUAUCUGCCGGGGCUUUUCUACCUUAUCAUACUAUGAAUCUCGUAAUGAUUUCAUUACCAGUUACUGGAAUCCUUUUAUUACUCUUAGCGUCUGAAUCUCCGUACUAUUACUUGAUGGAAGGACGUGACAAUGAAGCUGUAGAUGUGCUAAUGAAAUUAUCUUCUGUGAAAAAACCUGAAACGGUGAUGGAAGACAUUAAGAGAAUGAAGAAUGCCAUUGAGGAAAAUGAUAAGCUGAAAAAGAGUAGUAUACAAGAGAUCUUUGCUGACAGAGGUAGCAGAAAAGCUUUUAUUAUUUUUGUCAUUGUUCAGUUUACUUAUUGUUUUUCGGGAUAUUUUGGCAUCAGAGCAUAUGCCCAAGAAAUUCUUAGCUAUAGCAAUUCACCUGUUGCACCAGAAUAUGAAACGAUGAUACUGAUGGGAUUCCAGAUAUUUGGUGGUUUGCCAUCUGCUUUAUUGAUAGAUCAUUAUGGUCGAAGACCAGCUUAUUUACUAUCUGGAAUAUUGUCUGCAGUUACUUUAGGAGUUGGUGGUCUUUUCUUCUUCAUGAAAUUUUUCAUGGAAGCAGACGUUUCUUCAUUUACCUGGAUACCUCUAACUAGUUUGAUAUUCUUUUUUGUUGUGUGCAAUAUGGGAAUUGGCUCUUUGCCAUAUAUCUACGCUGGAGAAUUAUUCUCUGUGAAUACUAAAGGAACAGCUCUAAUUGGCGGCGGACUUGUUGUAUCAUUAGGAGGAUUUUUGGCAAAAAUAUUAUUACCAAUUAUAAACAAUGAAGCUGGCAUUUACACUGGUUUUUGGGGUUUUUCUGUUUUUUGCAUUACUGGGCCGAUUAUUAUUUGGUUCACCAUGCCUGAAACUAAGGGAAAAAAUUUGGAACAAGUUUUAGUUUUAUUGAAAACGAAAAAUAAAAAAUGUAGAGACAUUAUUUGUUAG